AUGAUACUUCUUCGCGCUCGCCAUGCCGUCUGCCGCAUCCGCAUCGAGCACCCCUCCGCAGACAUCCUGGAGGAUGGAUUUUUAUACCUGAUUGAUCUUGCUGGCUCGGAGGCUGCGCGAGACAUUGCUGCACAUACCUCGAACCGUAUGAAAGAAACGCGCGAGAUCAAUGUCAGCCUCUCCACGCUCAAAGACUGUAUUCGUGGCAUGGCCGCUAUGGAUCUUUCCUCAGGCAAAACCUCAAAACGGCCGUAUAUUCCAUUCCAGCACAGCAUGUUGACCAAGGUCCUCAAGCAUCUGUUUGACCCAACGGGCCACCGCAACUGCCGCACUGCAGUCAUCGCCUGCAUCAACCCCAGCCUGUCUGAGCAGAGCCUGGCGGUUGUGCUAUGUCCUCAGAUGGCCGUUGGCGACCAUGUGAAACAUGUAUUUGGGAACACGGUGAGCCAGACAGAAGCCCAGGAGGGUGGCCAGAAUCCCAGCGAGACUACGGCAUCGCGCUAUCUUUGUGCGCUGAUCUUGUCUGGGACACUAGCAGGCGCAUUUGAGGUUCAUCUGUGGCGCCAGGUCGUGAUCGAUGUGAAACAGAUGGAAGCCGAGGUUCUGCUCGAGUAUGAUGCUGCCACGAGGUACUGUUAUGCGACGAUGUAG